AUGGAACGACCCUCAGCGGAGUCCAAGGUGUUGCCGAUGACGAACGUCCCGCGCGGCGGCGACCUCGACUGGUCGUCCCGCCCCGGGCGUUUCGCGGACUCGGACGCGAGCGUGCGGCUCGUGUUCGAGACCGCGACGCCGUUAACGCCGAAGCGAGGGGCGUCGCGGUCGAGGCCGUACGUCAGGGCGGUGUUCACGGUCGCCUACGACAACGCGCGGCUGUUCCGCGAAUUGCUCGGCAUCGUUCGCGCGCAAAACGCCGAGGCGUUGGACAUCCGAGGGACGCCGAAGCACGUGUUGUUCGCGCUGUCCACGAUGAAGCUCACCCCGGCGCAGGUCGUCGACCCGGGCGUGCGGGUCAUGACCGGGUACCACGUCAUCGACGGCAUUCGUCGGCAGCUCCUCAUCGAGGGCUCCGUCGACGUCAUGCGCCCGGUGUUUGACGUCGCUCGUCGCGAAAAAGCCCGCGGCGGCCGGUCUGUCAUCCUCUGCAACCCGGCGCGUUCUACACACUGGUUCCCAUACGACCGCGUUCGCGUGGUGAACGCCGAUCCUGAAGGACUUUUGCCGGCGCAUCUCUCCGCCCACCCCCUCGCGUAUGGAUCCCUGGGCGCGGACCUGUGGCCGAUCAAGCUGUGCGACGACGUGGCGCGCAUCGCCGGCGGCGCGACGUGCGCGAGCGGCGGCGUCGUCGGCGACGCGACGCGCGAGGCGGUGCGAAGGAUUUCCGCGCUGGCGCGCGGCGGCGCGGCGUGGGCGCGCCAGGUCGAGCGCGCGCGCUUGUGCCCCACCCCGGAGAUGCUCGUCGCGCUCGACCGGCGGUUCGGCGACGUCCUCACGAUCGUGGACUUGACCGGGAGGGCGCCGAUCGAGAGGGCGUUCGGGUGGCAUCGAUCCGCGGCGGAGGCGGCGGCGCGAGCGAGGGACGGGGGGUCGCUCGGGUCGGAGGGCGAGGGCGGACUGAGGCGCGUUCUGAUUCACGCUGGUCCCCAUACGACCGCAACGGCCCUGACUUUCGCCGAGGACACCCUCGCGACCGGCGCGGGGGCGGACGUCCACGACGACCAGGGCGCGACGUUCAUCUGCGACGGAUCCGUGGACGUGGACGAAAGCGGCGGGUCGAGCGGGAGGCGUCGCGCGAAGACGAAGCCGGAGCUGGAUACGACGUCGCCGGAGGGCUAUCUCGAAGAGUUGGCCGCGCGGCGGCGGCUGCGACUGCGCCGCGACGUCGACGCGGAGGAGAUGGCGACGAUUCGCGCGCUGGAGAAGACCGUCGGGACGGCGAAGCGGGCGGCGUGGCAGACGUGGAACGUGACGCGGAUCACGCGGGAGCGCGCGGCGGCGAUUCUCGCGGACGUCGCGGCGCGGACGGCGGAGAUGGACGCGGCGGCGCGGGCGAAGGAAACCGCCGAGAUGAGGGCGUUACACCCCGAGCCGUUCAAGUGGCCGCCGUCGCUGGACCGCGAGAAGGAAGGCGUGCACCGUCGCGCGCCGACGGAGAAGCGCGUGGAGGAGCUCAAAGAGCCGCACGUCGAGGGCGAACUCUUGGAGACCAACUACGUCAGGCGCGUUCUAUACAAACGUUUUUCACCCAUAGCUCGGUUUCAACGCUUGAUCGCAGAUUUGCGGAAAACUGGAUACGCCGACGUCGACGGCGGAAAACGCCCGCCGUUCAAGCCCCAGUCCAAGGCGCCGCCGGACUUCGGGACGGACAAGUCGCACUACGCGACCGUGCACCUCGUCGGCGAGAAGCUUCUCGCGGAGCAGAGAGAAGCCGAGGAGAAGGAGAGAGAGGCGUGGAAGCAGAAGGUGGUGGUGGACUCGACGUACUUUAAGACGACGCUUCCGGGCUCCGGAUACGGCCAAAACGGCCCGAUCAGGCGCGUCCUACGUCACACUGGUUCCCAUACGACCACGUUCGCGUGGUGA